AUGACCGAGCAGAAAGCGAAGCUCAAUUACAUACAGCUCGCAAAGUCAAUGAAAACCUAUGGUUAUACAUUCUUCAGAGUAUCGAUGCUAUCCGAUGAAUAUCUUUUCGGUAUUUCUUCGGAAACUAUUUUAAUUUUAAAUCCAGAAACAAAGAAUUCAAUUCAUUUAUAUUCAUUAUCAAAUGUUAGAAAGUGGCAAGUUUUAAAUCAUAUGUUUUCAGUUGAGUUUACAGAUAAGAAAAUGAGUUUUACAACUGUGGAGGCAGAGGCAAUAUCCUAUGUACUUUCAUGUUAUAUUCAUCAUAGUCUGAGAAACAAUCCAUCCAUUCAAAAGCAAUGGGACAAAGAUUACAGUACUGUUGCAAAGAUAUCUUCUCGUAGAAGACUAUCUACAUGUUCAACAUCAUCUAUAGAUGAUAAAAGAAAAAAGGAUUAUCCUGGAAUUGUAUCGAAAAAAUGUCCAUUAUAUAUUGAACCAAAGAAGCAAUAUAUAAAUCCAUUGUAUACUCUGGAGAACAGUGAUGAUCGCUCCAAAAAAGAAUUGUAUAAAGAUAAUAAAGUAACCAAAGUAAUGAGAGUUCUAACCGACCUAUCUUCAAAGAUGAUUCAAACAUUUUCAAAGAAUACAACAGUUCAAGAACGUGAAAUAAUUGUAAAGUUUUCAGAUAAAAAAGUAAAGACGUUUGUUGUUGAUGAGUUAAAGACUGUUGUAGAGAUCACUCAGGAGAUUGGAAAUCGAGUUGGUAUUAAGAAUACGGAGGAUUUCUCGUUGCAAAUCCAGAGUAGCACACUGGUCGAUGGUAUCGAGCGACAGAGUGAUGACUUUUUUGUUGGUAAUGGCAUUUGGCUGCGGCCCUACAUCUCACUCUCUCAACAAAACGUGCCAUCCGACGCAAAGUUAAUGUUUAAAAAGAAAUUCUACUCGUUCGAUACUGCCUCUGACGACUGCCACAACGAUCCCGUUUAUUUCAACCUUUUAUUCUUCCAGUCACGUGAUGCUAUCAUCUCGAAUACGUAUGCCGCUUCGAUGGAGGAGUCGAUCCAGCUGGCAGCAACUCUGUUCCAAAUCAACUUUGGCGAUCACAAUCCAACCAUUCACAAAGCAGGAUUCCUCAAACAACAGGAUCUCAAGUUUUUCCUUCCACUCGACUGUCUGGAGCUCUGGGGAAUGUCAUUCCCAAAGAUCGAAAAGCACAUCUACAAGGAGCAUCGCAAUCUGCGUGGCAUCAAAGAGGUCUAUGCCAAAUUCAGAUAUGUCCAGCUGUGUCGCUCUCUCAAGACUUUUGGCGCGACAUUCUUCUCUGUCAAACAAAAGGAUAAGAAUCACAAUCCAUUUGUUACACCCUACCACAAUGCACUGUUGCCAUCCAACAGUUCUCUGCUGUUAGGUUUCUCUCGUAAAUGUAUAUUAAUAAUGAUUGCUAAAACUAGAGUAAGUCAAAAUAAUUUCAAAUACUAUAUCUAUCAAACAUCUAAAUUUAUAACUCCAAAUAAUUCAACUUGUUUGUUCGAAAUCAGUGUAUAUUAUGAUAAACUACCAAAAGACAAUUUCAUUGUACCAGCCAAUCUAAAUUUCAAUACCACCUAUCUGUGGGGUGCAAAUCAAUCCACUGAUGGAAUCAUCUCCAUGAAACUCAAUGUAAAUGUACCUCUAAAUGGUAACCUCAUUGAUUUGUCUAUUUCAAAUUCAUCUGGAAUCUAUUCAUUACAAAAAAUAUCUGUUGUUUGUAAAAGACCAAAUGCCAUUACUUCCACUUUAAUACAACCAAUUGAAAGAUCAACCAGUGUUACCAAUCUAGAGCUAUCCGCAUUUUAUGCCAACAUCUAUAGAAUCAAACUUACUCCAAUGUUUAGAACCAAAUAUGUUUGUAACUACACUGAUGCAAAUGGUUUUACCGUGCAGAUCACCGAUGGUUUUACUCAAACUUCUAUUGCUUAUACAUCUCAACCGUUGAAGGAUUUCACUGUGGGAAACAUCACAGUAAUAGAGCAGAAUAACUAUCAAUAUAUAAGAAACCGACCUGUGACUAUGCCUUAUGGUGCACCAAAGAAGAACGUAUAUGCAUUCGCUAAUUUCGCUAAUACGGCAAAGGAAGUACUAUCACGUUUUUUUGUAUAUACAAUCGCACCAACUAGUGAUUACGCAGAGAUCAGGCCUUACAGUUUGUUAUCAGCUAAUUCCUUAGCCACCUAUCUCAGUCCAUUGAUUCCACCCGACAGCGCAACUUCACUAAAUUUCUAUUCACUCAAUAGUCCAUACAGUUUAAAUCAAACUUUCUCUAUACCACUGCAAGUAACAACAGAAAAUCUAUAUGGAUGUGUAGUAAACAAUAUAUCAUAUACAAAGAUCAAUAAUACAGUAUUGCUAUCAUCGAGUAUUACAGUGAUCAAUCCAGUGCUUUCAUUCAAUAUCAACUCACCGAAACCAUUUGUUUUUAAUACCUACCCAAUGGGAUUCGGACCAGGAACAGUCAACCUCAAUACAUCCUUUCAACAUAGAUUCUCUAUUCCGAUGUCUAUCUACCAAUCAUUCGCAGAAAUAUUUUCAACAUGCGAAAAGACUGUUACAUUAAUACCUCCAUACGAUACCGAAGGGAUAGAUACAGAACCACCAAAACUAAUAAGCUUCACAGUAACAUAUAUUACACCGUAUCAAUUCACUUAUAAUGUUAGUGCAAGCGAUGAUCUCAGUGGAGUCUACUCAAUUGAAAUUUCACACGGAAUCGAUGCGGCAAGAGAAGAAGCUUCAAAGGUUACUCUCUAUGAUUCUAAUUUGGUAAACUUCACAAUAUCCAAUACCGAUGUUUAUAACUACACCUACACCGUUUCGAAUGACGGUGUUUACUAUCCACCUGGAUUCACAGUCAAGCUAACGGAUCUCGCUGGUUUGACAAGCACUUUCAAAUCCGGCCAAUAUCUACCGAAUGGUCAGUUCCUAGAUUUCUUCCCACAGCCAUCUCCAUUCUACUUUGAAAAUGUAACUGCCAUAAUUUUUAUUUACCCCAAUGGAUUUGAGGCAACCAACGUAACAACCGAUGGCGUAGAUCAAUCUAUCAUUUUGUCAAUGAUGUCGGGUGACAUGAAUCCCGAUUUGCAAUACAAACUAAGAGUUAGAUUCAAUUUCUAUUCCAUACCAGAGUAUAAUGAAAAUUUCAUUUAUGUCGGAUCGUAUAGUUCCAUGUGGGCAUCCUAUGUGAUACCAUUGAAACUUCCAAGAUAUUUGUUCGAUGGUCCUAUUUCAUUUGAUAUUCUAUCGUCAGAGAAUAUUAGUUCCAAUGCCUUUCCGAACACUUUAUAUACAUAUUCCAACACAACUCUUCUAUCUCCACCAACUAUUUUUGACGAUCAGAUCAGUUGGUAUGGAGACGGUUAUAGUACGGUGGUAUCUAACUCCUCAACCUUUGUUGGCUGGAAAAUGCUUCUUAAUUGUUUGUACAACUGUAAUACAUUCAGUGGUUAUGUCGAUGUGGUUGGAGACUAUGAUCCAGUGGUCAAGAGAAUUAAUCUAACCAAUAUUAAUGACCUGACUGUCAAGUUCCAGGUGGGUGGCAAUUGCAGAUCCCAGAAAUACAGAAUCACCAAUUCCUACUUCAUUCUGAAUAAGUUAUAUGGAACAUCCUAUAAGCCAGGUAUUCCAGAGACAUUGAACGUAUUUAAUGAAACACUAAAGACUCUAGAGAUUGUUUGUGAUCAGAGUGUAUUGGAUAGCGAACCACCAACUCUCACUGCUUUUGUUCCAUCGGUCACAAGUCUCGAUGUAAGGGCGGUGAAUUCCAGUUUCACCGUCAGUUUGGACAUUCAGGAUAACAUUCAAAUCAAAAACUGGACACAACCAAUUGUUUAUGUUACUUCGUUUAUGGGUGACUUUUUACAGUUUCCAUGCUUAGGUUUAGAAACAAAUCCAAACUGGACUCUUAUCAAUUAUACAUGUCAAAUUACUAUUCCAUAUAGAUGGGGAUCAAGUGAUUUCUAUCUCUCUGUAUAUAAUAUCAUAGAUAGUUAUGAUAAUAUCAAUGGAUACUCAACCGACGAUCUUUUAAAUAGUGGAUAUACUGCUGUUAUUAAAAGAAUUGAUGGUAAAAUCAAAUUAAAUCCGGAACCAACAACCACAACUAGUACUUCUACAACCGGAACAUCUACUACCACAACUACAACCACAACCACAACUACUACCUCGACAACUUCAACACCAACACCAAAUACCUGUCCAAAUAAUUGUAAUAAUAACGGUGUCUGUAUUAAUUCGCAUUGCCAAUGUUAUCCAGGAUAUAUCGGUAGUUCAUGUGGAUCUAAAGUCGAACCAAUUCCCCAACCACCAAUCAAUCCUGAUCAACCAGUUACAAAUGGUACAAUCCCUGGUCAGCUAUCGACUAAAUUCUUUAUUUCCAUUGGAGAGCUUCUAGAGAUUACCGCUGCAGAGGAAGUAGUCAAACAAUACAAUCUAACUCAACAAUCAAUCUGGAGUUUAGACCAGCCCGGUAACUCCACAUACAUCUACACUGCAACUCUACCGGAUACACAAUCGACUAAGGUCAUUGUUACCAUCCAAUGGUUUGAGAAAGAAACCAACUACACAUUCGCCGGCAAGAAUAUUACACUACUGCCAUCUUCCAUCAAGUAUAACAUUGAAAUUCAAAACUAUGUCUUCAGUGACAAACUUACAACUCUGAGAUUGCUAAUGUCAGCGGUGUUCCAAUCAGAGAACGGUGAAUGCUCAUCGAUUGAAUCGCUGAGUAACUCUGACAACAAUCUCAGCUGGAUUAAACUGCAAAUCGACAAGCAAUCGUUGUACGGAUCGUUCUUGAAUGAAGCGGUGUUCGACGGUACUCCCAAGCCAAUCUCAACUCGGCUUCUCAAUAGGACGUCGGAUGCAUCGAAAUCCGAUGUACAAGUGGCAAUCGAUAUCAUGCAAUUCGAUCGGCAAGUACUGAUCGAUCCAAGUUUCAAUGUACUGGUCGACACUAACGGUGCCGGUGACAACGAAGGUUCGAUCUGUAAGAAAUCCAAAGGACUUUCGAUCGGUCAGAUCGCAGGAAUCGUAGUUGGAUCGAUCGUUGGUGUAGCGAUCGUGAUCACCGCCAGCAUCGCAAUUCACAGACACAGAAGAUUCAAACAUGAAUCUAAAUCAAUGAGUCGUAAACUUGAAAAAAUGAAUACAUAA